AUCUGUCCCAGGAAUACUAAAAGAUUAGAAGUUUGCUAACCGAACCAAUUUAGGACUAGGGAGAACGGGACACAUUUAAUUCCGGUUAUAUUAUAUAUCAGUAUAUCACUAACGCUGAAAUUCCCGGUUCUAUCCGGUUAAAUGAGAACCAGUAUCUGGCGGUUACGGCGUCUGCUGCUCUGUUUUCACUUCAGUUCCAGCUCAAAAGAGACGCGUUGAUUGGAGAAAGAGAGAGAGGGAGAGAAAAUUAGGGUUUAGGCUAUGGGAAGAGGAACGAAGAUCUGAGGAGGCAGAGAGAGAGGGAGAGAGAGAGAGAGAGAUCUGAAUCACGCCACUGAGGAUGAGACCUCAAUCGUCGCCGAUCUCUGAAAUGGACGCCACCGACGAUAUGCACGAAGCAUUGUUCGCGAAGAGAGGCUGUUGUUUCCUUAUGCCAUGCCUUGCCUCAUCCAAGCCGUCGAAUCACGGCGGAUCUUUGUGGUGGCAACGGAUCAGGACCGUGGAGCCUGACCAACGACGAUGGUGGAUUCGAGGGUGGCGGAAGAUGAGAGAGUGGUCUGAGCUCGUCGCUGGUCCUAGGUGGAAGACUUUUAUCCGCCGAUUCGGACGCAACCGCUGCUGCGGCGGAGGAGGAGGAGGAAACAUCGGUGGUGGUGGCGAAUGCGCUGGAAACCAUAAUCACGGUAAAUUCCGGUACGAUCCGUUGAGCUACUCGUUAAAUUUCGAUGACGGGAAACAAACCGGACACUUCGACGACGAGUUUCCGUACCGAGAUUACUCGAUGAGGUUCGCCGCGCCUUCCUUGCCGGUCUCUACUAAAUGCUCUAUCGAUUUCGAUAUAGACAAGGACGCGCCGCCGUUUCGCAAGUGAAUGUCACGCGCCUCGACUUUAUUGUAGCCAGUCUUACGUGGGUCGACUCUAGUAAGUGCGUGCGUGCGUGUGUGUGUGAGAGAAGGACGAGAGAGGGCACUCGUUGGACAUAAACUUAAAAAUAUAUUUAAUGUCAUUAGCUAUGUGUGUAUUUAAAAGAAAAUAGCCUCUUUCCAAGUAAUUCUACGUAACAAUUAGCAAGGAAAAUAUUGUGAACGUAGUUUCUUGUUUUUGUUCUUAAAAUGGCUCAAAAAUAAAUUAUCCUAACCAUAAAUAGUAGUCGUGGACGUUUUGACUCUAA